AUGGAUAAAUUGGAAGAAGAGAGUUCACGCAUCGAGUCAAGUCCGCGUACGGAAAUGGACCUCUGCCAUGACAAGACCGGGCUCAAUUCCAAUGCCAACAUAGACAACGAGACAGCAAGCGAGAAGGCGGAGAUUACUGCUUCACAAGAUGCUCAGCUCUCGACCAAGCCAAUAACCGGCCGAUCGAAGAAAGGGUUGCGGUUCUGGAUGAUCUUGGUGGCACUCAGCUUCACAGGUAUGCUGACAGCGCUUGACGCAACCAUCACAUCCACAGCCUUGCCGUCUAUCAUCGCCGAUCUAGGUGGCGGUGACUUGUAUAUAUGGGCCGUCAAUGGGUACUUCUUGACCAUGACGGCAUUGCAGCCCCUUUACGGACAGCUGGCGAACGUUUUCGGACGUCGAUGGCCAGCUAUCGCUGCAACAGCGGCUUUUGUCUUGGGUAGCGGUGUUUGUGGAGGAGCCAGAAACAUGUCGAUGCUCAUUGCCGGCCGCGUGAUCCAGGGAGCCGGGGCGGGUGGCACCAGCGUCCUCAUUGAGAUCAUUAUCUGCGAUUUGGUCCCUUUGCGACAACGAGGCAACUACUUUGCCAUACUUUUUGGCCUCAUUGCUCUCGGCACGGCUCUUGGACCAUUCUUCGGGGGCCUCAUUGUCGACUAUUCCACCUGGCGAUGGGUCUUUUACCUCAAUCUUCCCGUUGGCGGCGUCGCGGUCGCACUGCUCUUUGCCUUCUUGAAGGUGAGAUGGAACAGGGACGUCAAGUUUGCCACCAAGCUGACCUCGAUUGACUGGGCUGGCAAUGUCAUCUUUAUCGCCGCCAUCUGCGCUGUCCUCAUCGCACUAUCUUGGGCCGGUGCCGUGUAUCCCUGGUCAUCAUACCAUGUUCUUAUUCCACUGGUGGUAGGCUUGGUGGGCCUAGCAGGAUUCCUUGUAUUUGAAGGCUCGCGAUUUGCUUCUCAGCCAACCAUGCCGCUGCAUCUGAUGUCGAACCGCACAUCGGGUACUGCAUAUAUCCUCACACUAUUGCACAGCAUAGUCAGCAUAUGGUGGAUUUAUUUUCUUCCGGUAUACUUCCAAGGCGUCCUCGGCUCAUCGCCCGCCUACUCGGGAGUCCAACUUCUGCCCAGCAUACUGGCCCUGAUCCCUUUUGGUGCGAUGGGAGGAGUGGCUAUGUCCAAGUUUGGCCGCUAUCGACCCCUACAUAGCGCAGGCUUUGCCAUGAUGGUGCUAGGCUUCGGUCUCUUCGACCUUCUCGACCAAAAUUCUUCCACAGGCGCGUGGGUUGGAUAUCAAAUAGGUGGUUCUGCUGGAACAGGCCUGAUUCUCUCAACGUUGCUGCCUGCCGUGAUGGCGCCGCUCUCGGAAAGCGACACAGCACUUGCAACAUCAACUUGGGCGUUCUUGCGCGCUUUUGGACUGACUUGGGGUACCGCAAUUCCUGCUGCGAUAUUUAAUAAUCGCUUCGACGCUCUUGCAACGACAGGCAUCACAGAUUCAGUCGUUAGGGGGCAACUCAUCAAUGGCCAAGCCUACGGCCAUGCCACAGCUGCUUUCCUCAACACCCUAUCUGCUCCCACUAGGGAACAAGUUAUCACAGUCUUGAAUGAAAGUCUCCGCCGAACAUGGCAAGUUGGAAUCGGAUUCGCAGGACUAGGGUUUUUGCUUUCGUUUUUGGAGAAAGAGAUUCCGCUCCGUCAGGAGCUUGAAACCGAAUUUGGCAUGGAAAAUCAGGAGAACAAAAUCAUGGCUUCGAAGGAAGAGGGUGUUGAAAAGUAG